AUGCCGCCAUCUUCCUCUUCUGAUGCAGCCAUUCAAAAAGUCCAUAAGGAUUGGCUUUCUCAAGAUCGUCGCUUGCACAGUCUUCUUCUGUCCUCAUUAACUGAGGAAUCCAUGGCUGAAACUUUAGGGCGCAAGAGUGUUGCUGAAGUAUGGUCGGCUUUACAGAAGGCCUAUUCUUUACGCUCUAAAACUCGUGAAAUUCAACUCAAUGAUGAGUUACAGCAUCUGCGCAGAGGUAAUGAGUAUGUUACUGUUUAUAGCACUAAAUUUCGUUCCUACUGUGAACAACUAGCUGCUAUCGACUCACCCGUUUCUAAAACCAGUAAACUACAUUGGUAUUGUCGUGGUCUUGGCCCUAUGUUCUCUACCUUCUCAUUCUCACAGAUACGUCUUACUCCUCCUCUUGCCUUGCGUGAUGUUAUCUCUGAAGCUGAGAGUUAUUCUCUCUUCCACAAGUCUUUGGAAGACCCUUCCCCAACCCCGGUGGCAUUUACAGCACAUGGGAGUCACACAUCACAGAACAAUCAGCGUGGAGGUCGCCAACAUGAUGUUUCGAUUUUCCAAGAUCCUCUACAUGAUGAUUCUUUACAACCUGGUUCAUCCCAACUGCCGGACACAUCUCCGUCGACAGGCCCGUGUCAUAUUUGCACAUCUCCUACUGAUGUUACUCCUAUUUUUGGGUCAUCAGAAUCUACUGCGACCUCCUCUCAUGUUUCUCCAGCUAUUGAAACUGAGAAUACAAAUUUGGAACCAGUUGGCUCUCGUCACCCCAUGCGAACCAGAUCACGUGCUGUUUAUGAUUCCACAACGAAAUUUGGUAUUAGUUUAUUGGAUGGAUUCCUAUAUUGUUCUAUAUAG